UGUCGUGAAGUUUUUCUUGCGCGCGGGUUCUUGGUCCCAGGAGGCUGCGUAUGACUUUGUUUCCGCGUCACUGGUUCAUCCUGGCGCGAAGGCGAGCACCCCUCCUGUCGCGAGCAGUUCGGGUGCUAGCGGAUCGGAGGAGGGUGAGAAGAAAUCAAAGGCCUCUCUACCACACACCGUGAAGUACAAAUCCAUACUCGAACAUUUUGUCGUCUUGCAACUGCGCUACACGUUCUACGAGCUGCUACAGAAAUUUCUGCAGGCGACAAAGUUUGUCUUACCGCCCUCCUCGUUACCGACGCCGGGGGAGUCGGAGCGGACAACACCGCGGGAGUUGGACAUCAAGGACGACUUGAAAAUGGCGUCGCACGACGGCCAAGAAGUAGAUGGAAAGACAGACAAUGUUCGUGAGAGAACUCCUCGCAGGAGGACCUCCACGGGCGAUGGCCACGCGGACCCUGUGCCAGAAGAUCAAGUUCCCGAGGCCGGUGAAGAAGAAGAGGAAGACAAAAAUGCCAAGUCGUCGACUUUCCAGCUGUUGCAGCGAGCCGUUGCGGUUGCUAACGUGAAGCAGCACCUUGACGAUACUUCGAAGUCGCUCAUUGAUCUGGCGGAGCGGUAUAUAUCCUGUGCAAAAGUAUCGUUGUCGUAUUGCAAUCAUGCAUGCAGUAAUCUGUGUUGUCCUAUGCUGAGUUGCUUUUUUGACUUUUUUUUGCGCAGUUCCUGGCGCGAUCUGAAUUGUCACAAUAUAGCUCAUACGUUCGACUUUCGUCUUUGCUACGUUUUCUUCGUGAAUCCUUACUGUUUUGCCGCUUUGGGUUUCACGUAUGACGGGGGGCGCGUCAUAUCCCGCAAUAUUAGCGGCCGCCUUUUCGGGGUCGUCAUCGCGUGAUGAUCAUGCGAUUAUCACGUGAUGAAAACAACUCAGAAUGGCUUAUGCACAACAAAUAUCAUGUGAUUAUCAUGUGAUUACUCACGUGAUUAUCAUGUGAUCCGCGCAGGCUUAAUUGUUCGGGGCCCAAAGCAUGGCACAACGGGUAAAAAGCUGCAUGCGCUGCGUUCUACCGCAGCCAGUUUGCGGGGGUCCUGCCAAGGAAUGCUCUCCCGGGCCCUGGGCAUGGACCAUGCCCAUGGUUGCGCGUGUGGCGGGGCAGCGUUCCGAGCAAAUUGCCGCAAGCCUCCCGGUCUCACUAUUUCGGCACGUCUCGCGCCUGGCAUAACCCAUAUAAUCGCUUGCGGGCGUCCUUCCCCCCCGCCCCCCCCCCGGGCCCUCUUUCGCAUGCUGCCGUGCAUGCGAAAUUAGGGCGCGCGCGCUGCCUAUUUUCGCUUUUGCUUUAAAGCAGUGCUACUGCUAUGCGGAAAACGUCGGCACGCACGCACACUGCCCGUCGCGCCAUAGGCCUAGCGCCCGCGCAGGCUUCCCGCGCUACCGGCCUUGUAGGGCGAGCGCUUCUAUCGAAGGCGCCUGGAAGCGUGCCGGGCCCUUCAAUUUCCGUGGACUGUUGUCUUCUUGCUUCAAAGAUUGCCAGCGGCUUUUGCCGGGAAAUAUAUUUCCGAUCGACUGAGAUAGGCUGCUUUGUCUUUCUGCGCUGAAUUGCUUCGCUUUGUGACAAUUCAGCUGCUGAGCUAUUGCCUCCGUUUCUGGGCAAAUACGACACAAGGUCCGCCAUUUUCGCUUUUGAAGAAAUUGGCUGCUGAAAUGCUUUGCUCGCUGUUUUCGGGUUUUCGUAAUGCGAUACGAUGUAAGGUUUGCUGGAUUCUUAAUAGUAUUUGGGUGCAAUUCAUCCUAUACGACAACUCAUCUACCUGCAUGCAUUACAAAUCUUUUUCUUAAGGUAAAUCUGCAUUACAAAUUUUAUUUCUCUUGCUGAAGGAAUUUGUAAUGCAUUUAUACGGCUACGAUACUUGUUUUGCAGUGCAUAGUAUAUCCAUUUUGCCGAUCUGAACUUGCAAAACGUGGAAUUGAAGGGCGCCAAUGUCAUCCGCAUGAAAGAGCUGGAAAGCAGCAAUUCCGGAAGGGUUGUAGCAGGAGAAGGCGGUAAGAUGAUUUUGGGCGAGCUGUCGGGGGCCGCGCCGGCUGGUCGUCCGCAAGCGACAUUAAUAUCCUCGGUCGAGAAUGAUUAUCCGAAGACACCUCAAAUAAACGCGGGAAAGGUCGUCGCGAAGAGCGUCGAAGCUGUUCCAUCAGUGAUACAACCGACUGGAGCAGCAGGCGAAGCCGUAAAUGCCUCAGCCGCAAAUCAGAAGCCCCCAGCAGCGGGGGCGCAAACGACUUCCCAACUGGUCGUGAAGCGGCGAAAGUGGCCCCCCGUGAUUCUGACCGGUCCGAACUUGGGCCAUCUAGAGCAGGCUGAAGCCUUGAUCGAUAAAGCGCUCAACGAAAAUAUGGAUUGCAAAAAUGUCUGGGUCUGGAUGAUUGCAACUUCUCAUGCUGAGUCUGGAUCAUGCAAAAAUUUGUGUUGCAUGAUUACCAAAAGAUGUCCGCCCUUGACCAGUUUGAUAGGGAGUUUCUCAUGCAGGAUAGGCAUGAUAGACACCCCACAGCAUCUGUCAUGCUAGGUGCUGCAUGCCAGGCCUCAUGGGUCAUGGAAAAUCUGCAUCACAAAUCUUGCAUUCUUCCAGACCCAGACAUAUUUGCACUUCAUAGAAAAAAAGUCCCGACAGUUCGUGGAGUAUGCAAGGAGCGUCGCGAAAAAAUACGAAGGCCUUGUGCUACCGGAUGAGAUGAUGGUGAUGUCAUUGUCAAGUGAUAAUAUUAGAGGCCCUUAUGAACUGCAAAAGUAUCGUACUCGUAGUAAGUAUUGCAAUACAAAUUCGCUUAGCAUGACAAAUGGAAUCUGUCAUGCUGGUUUAGCGUGAAAAAGAAAUUUGUCUUGCAUGACUGCGAUUAGUACGAGUGCGAUACUUUUGCACAGGAUAACCCUGUUAGUAGUACCAAACCAAAAAAGCAGACGCCCUUUUCAGACCAGGAGCUGGCCGUGUUGCGGGCAUUGUUUUCGUCCCCGCUGCACACGGCGGUGCGGAAAGACGAUGAUACUGCCGUCGUGGAAAUCUUACGGUUUCUAAAUGGAGGCAGUGCGAAUGCCACUACUUCGCCACAAGAAGGAGAAGGAGAAGCGGGUUGUGUGAAGAAAACCACGACUGCAAAUUCGAAUGCGGGCGCAGCUAUCUCCGCCAAUCUCGCCGCCUCGUUGGUGAAAAAAGUGCUCGUCCUUCCGGAUUAUCAGGGGCGCAGCAUUCUGCAUCUAGUGUGCAACACUGCAGCACCGACGUCCAGGGACACAACCGUGAAUCCUGACCCUGCAAGCACUUCAGCGGCGGGGGAACCACAAGCUGCAACGACGGCAAGCACAAAAAUCCGGCGCGCGCUCCUCGGACUUUCGGUAAUAUCUGGCGCUACUAAUGCAGGAUUGCCUUUGAUGCUCGAAAGCACGAGCGUAAAAAUACGAGACGAAGAGAAUAAAGACAGCGAAGGAAAAAAGAUCCCAAGCGAGAACUCAGGCUCACCGCCAGGCCAACAAGAGGAUGAAGAUGAACUGACUUUCGGAAAUAAGCUGUGGUCUAGCUUUCGCCAGGACGACGGGCGGGUGCCCCUGCAGUAUCCAAGAAAAAAACUGUGUAAGUGCAACUUUGUGUUGCAGAAAAUGCAAAACUGUAUACACGACUUGUCAUGCUGGACAUGCAUCAGAGGCUAUUUUCAUACGUGUUUUUAAGUACUAGCUACGCAUGACACGUUUUCUGUGUCACGCAGAGCAAACUUGUGAUCCUAUUCCUACAAGAAACUUACACUAAAACAGUUCUUUCGUUCCAUAUGCAGCUUGCGGCGGCCAACGGCGUCGGUGCGGAAGAUCUGUUUUCCGCGGAGUUCGACGGGUAUUGUGAGGAAAAAUGUCCCCACCAAAGAGUUCGAGUUGUCAUGCAGAUUUGCAGCUCCAGGAAGAUUUGUAAUGCGCAUCCCCAUGAGAGGCAUUUCCAGUCGCGUUUUGCACUUUGUAAUGCUGUCGACAGGAUAAGUAGAUGGAACAGUGUUGCGGAUGUACUUGCUAAUCUGCAUUACAAUACAACAGAGACGAACUUGUCAUGCUUGACCCCCAAAACUUCUCGAUUUGUGUUGCGAGAUCCCCAGCUUGACUCUGGUGUGGUGACGUUUUCACUCACGAUAACGGGAAACUCGACUUCACGGUAGUCACGCGAACCAGGAAGAAUUCUUUACUACACACCGCCGUGCUGCAUGAACGGCUGUCUAUCGUCCGCCAGCUUUUGGCGAAGGAGGAGAAAUAUUUCCCGUUGAGCCUCUUGAACUCGUCCAACACCGAUGGCAACACGGCACUGCUGAUCGCUAUCACAAACGCAGGAUCAUCUUCGGGAGGUGACGGCGCUGCCGCGUCAAGAACUGGUCGUGGCGGCGACAGCAUCAUGAGCGGUUUGCCUGAGCCUGGAACAAAAGGUGAACUCCAGAAUACGACAGCUGCUUCCACCACAAACGUCGGAAUCGAGCUUGCGCUGGAGAUCUGUCGGUCCCUGGUGGCCCGCGGUAAGGCUCUUGAGGACAAAGAAAGAGAAAGCAACAAAAAUGUAGUUGUCCCCAUCGCCGGUGACCCCCGCUCGGGGGUCACAGCUUCAUCGACAUCUCCAGCCGCGAACACCAAGAACGCUAUCUUGUUGAACCGGCUCCGGAGGAAACAAACCCUGGCUUUGCUAGAGCUGUGCCGCACGCGGCGACACGGCUCGGCCGCGCUGCUCGAGCUCGCUGGACUGCUCGCAGACUCGGGUCGACUGGAUCACGAAGUGUCGUCUUCGGAGAGGUCCGCGCUGCAUUUCUGUGCCGAGGUCGGCAAUUGGGAAAUCAUGGAGGUUCUUUUAUCGCAUGGCGCCAACUAUCCUGUGCAAAAGUAUCGUACUCGUAUUGCAGUCAUACAUUACAAAUCUUUUUGUUAAGUCAAAUCCGCAUUGCAAAUUUUAUUUCUCAUGCUGAGGAAAUUUGUAAUGCAUUGGUACGAGUGCGAUACUUUUGCACUUGAUACCAACGUGAAUGCGCAAGACGCGAAGGGGCUCACACCACUGAUGAUCGCGGUGAAGAGUAAGGACGUGGAAUUUUGCAAGCGUAUGCUCGCCGCCUGCGGCAUCGCGUUUUUGGACCUGCAGGAAAUUAAGCAAGUGCGAGGACCGGGGCAAUUAACGCAGAGAAAACUACAAACGAACGCGCUUGAUGAAGCUGCACCUGGGACGAAGAAGUCAUCGUCAGCACCGCCUGCAUUGGAUCUGUCUUUGCAGGACUAUGAGGACAAAAAUCUGUUCAUUCACUUGUGUGCCGCGGACAUGCACGAAGUCCUGCAGGCGUUGCUGAGCAGCGAACAUGAUUCCACGUCGGCGUCGCGGUUUUGGGAGCUCGAAGUGAAGCAGCUCGACUUAUCCAUUGCAAAUAUGUGGCCACAGGCUUCGGAGGAAGAUUGCAAGCGAAAAGCGUGCCCGAUGUAUGAAGAAACGCGCGAUCGCGAAGGAUCCUUCGCUGCGACGGACGCGGCGGCAGGAGCUUCUGGGCCGGGUCUGCUGUCGCUUUCGGGGCCCGCCCGCUUUUCGGGCUCGUGCCUUCUGAGAAAGACCAAAAAAAACACACGGAGCACGACCUAAGGGCGUCCAGAGCUUUCGGGCCGGGGCUGUUGUCGUUUUCGUUGUCCGCCCGCUUUUCGGGCUCGCGCCAUCUGAGAAAGAGCAAAAAAAACGCGCGGGAUGCGGCCUAAGGGCGCCCAGAGCUUUCGGGCCGGGCCUGCUGUCUUUUUCGGGGUCCGCCCGCUUUUCGGCCUCGCGCUUUCUGAAAAAAAAAACGCACAGAACACGACCGCAGGGCUGCCAGAGCCUUCGGGCCGGGCCGGUUGUCGUUUUCCUUCGGGGUCCGGCCGCUUGUCGGGUGGGGCUCGCGUCCUCUGAGAAAAAACAAAAAAAGCGCGCAGAGCACGACCUGAGGGCGUCCAGGGCUUUCGGGCCGGGCCUGCUGUCGCUUUCGGGGCCCGCCCGCUUUUCGGGCUUGCGCCCUCUGAGAAAGAACAGAAAAAGCGCGCAGGGCACGACCUGGGGGCUUCGAGGGCUUUCGGGUCGGGCCUGUUGUCGCUUUCGUUAGUUCUCGGAUUUUGCUGCAAGCUCUGUCGCUUUUUCGGCAGGCCCUUCGACUUUUCAGCGAGCCUCGCUGGCCACUUUUUGAGUGGGCUGGCUCCCCGACUUUUUCAGCGCGCCCUAUUGGUCAUUUUUUCAGAGGCUAGGCGCUCCGACUUUAUCAGCAAGCGCGGGCGCUUCUUCGGUAGGCUGUCCGAUUUUUUCACCGAGCUCGGCCAGUUUUUCAUUAGGCCCGGUCUCCGACGUUUUCAGCGAGCUCUGUCACUUUUUCCGUAGGCUCUCCGACUUUUUCAGCGAGCUCUGUCACUUUUUCCGUAGGCUCUCCGACUUUUUCGGCGAGCUCUGUCACUUUCUCCGUAGGCUCUUCGACUUUUUUAGCGAGCUCUGUCACUUUUUCCGUAGGCUCUCCGACUUUUUGUCAUUUUUUCCGUAGGCUCUCCGACUUUUUCCUUGAGCUCUGUCACUUUUUCCGUAGGUUCUCCGACUUUUUCAGCGAGCGCUGUCACUUUUUCCGUAGGUUCUCCGACUUUUUCAGCGAGCGCUGUCACUUUUUCCGUAGGCCCUCCGGCUUUUUCAGCGAGCUCUGUCACUUUUUCCGUAGGCCCUCCGACUUUUUCAGCGAGCGCUGUCAUUUUUUCCGUAGGCUCCCCGACUUUUUCAGCGAGCUCUGUCACUUUUUCCGUAGGCCCUUCGACUUUUUCAGCGAGCGCUGUCAUUUUUUCCGUAGGCUCCCCAACUUUUUCAGCGAGCUCUGUCACUUUUUCCGUAGGCUUCCCGACUUUUUCAGCGAGCGCUGUCACUUUUUCCGUAGGCCCUCCGACUUUUUCAGCGAGCUCUGUCACUUUUUCCGUAGGCCCUUCGACUUUUUCAGCGAGCGCUGUCACUUUUUCCGUAGGCCCUUCGACUUUUUCAGCGAGCGCUGUCAUUUUUUCCGUAGGCUCCCCGACUUUUUCAGCGAGCUCUGUCACUUUUUCCGUAGGCUUCCCGACUUUUUCAGCGAGCGCUGUCACUUUUUCCGUAGGCCCUCCGACUUUUUCAGCGAGCUCUGUCACUUUUUCCGUAGGCCCUUCGACUUUUUCAGCGAGCGCUGUCACUUUUUCCGUAGGCCCUUCGACUUUUUCAGCGAGCGCUGUCAUUUUUUCCGUAGGCUCCCCGACUUUUUCAGCGAGCUCUGUCACUUUUUCCGUAGGCUUCCCGACUUUUUCAGCGAGCGCUGUCACUUUUUCCGUAGGUUCUCCGACUUUUUCAGCGAACGCUGUCACUUUUUCCGUAGGCUCUCCGACUUUUUCAGCGAGCUCUGGCACGUUUUCCGUAGGCUCUUCGACUUUUUCAGCGAGCUCUGUCAUUUUUUCCGUAGGCUUUCCGACUUUUUCAGCGAGCUCCGUCACUUUUUCCGUAGGCUCUCCGACUUUUCCCGCGAGCUCUGUCAUUUUUUCCGUAGGCUGUCCGACUUUUUCGGCGAGCUCUGUCAUUUUUUCCGUAGGCUGUCCGACUUUUUCGGCGAGCCCUGUCGCCUUCUCCGUAGGCUCUCCGCCCUCUAAGAAAGAACCAAAAAUGGAAAAAAGCGCGCAGGGCACGACCUACGGGCGCCGAGAACUUUUGGGCCGGGCCUACUGUCGCUCUUUAGCUUCCUUUCGGGGUCCGGCCGCUUUUCGGGCUCGCGUCUAUCUUCUGAGAAUGAAAGAGGAAAAAAACCGCGCAGGGCCCGACCUAAGGGCGCCGAGAGUUUUCGAGCCGGGCCGGGUGCCGUUUUCGGGGCCCGCCCGCUCGUCGGGCGGGGCUCGCGUCCUCUGAGAAAGAACAGAAAAACCGCGCAGAGCACGACGUGAGGGCGUCGAGGGCUUUCGGGCCGGGCCGGCUGUCGCUUUCGGGGCCCGCCCGGCCGCUUUUCGGGCUCGCGCCCUCUGAGAAAGAACAGAAAAAGCGCGCAGAGCACGACCGGAGGGCGUCGAGAGCUUUCGGGCCGGGUCUGCUGUCGUUUUCGGGGCCCGCCCGCUUUUCGGGCUCGCGCCCUCUGAGAAAGAACAGAAAAAGCGCGCAGGGCGCGACCUGAGGGCGCCGCGAGCUUUCGGGCCGGGUCUGUUGUCGCUUCCUUUCGGGGCCCGCGCGCCCGCUUUUCGGGCUCGCGCCCUCUGAGAAAGAACAGAAAAAGCGCGCAGAGCACGAGCUGAGGGCGUCGAGAGCUUUCGGGCCGGGUCUGCUGUCGCUUUCGGGGUCUGCCCGCUUUUCGGGCUCGCGCCCUCUGAGAAAGAACAGAAAAAGCACGCAGAGCACGAGCUGAGGGCGUCGAGAGCUUUCGGGCCGGGUCUGCUGUCGCUUUCGGGGUCUGCCCGCUUUUCGGGCUCGCGCCCUCUGAGAAAGAACAGAAAAAGCACGCAGAGCACGAGCUGAGGGCGUCGAGAGCUUUCGGGCCGGGUCUGCUGUCGCUUUCGGGGUCUGCCCGCUUUUCGGGCUCGCGCCCUCUGAGAAAGAACAGAAAAAGCACGCAGAGCACGAGCUGAGGGCGUCGAGAGCUUUCGGGCCGGGUCUGCUGUCGCUUUCGGGGUCUGCCCGCUUUUCGGGCUCGCGCCCUCUGAGAAAGAACAGAAAAAGCACGCAGAGCACGAGCUGAGGGCGUCGAGAGCUUUCGGGCCGGGUCUGCUGUCGCUUUCGGGGUCUGCCCGCUUUUCGGGCUCGCGCCCUCUGAGAAAGAACAGAAAAAGCACGCAGAGCACGAGCUGAGGGCGUCGAGAGCUUUCGGGCCGGGUCUGCUGUCGCUUUCGGGGUCUGCCCGCUUUUCGGGCUCGCGCCCUCUGAGAAAGAACAGAAAAAGCACGCAGAGCACGAGCUGAGGGCGUCGAGAGCUUUCGGGCCGGGUCUGCUGUCGCUUUCGGGGUCUGCCCGCUUUUCGGGCUCGCGCCCUCUGAGAAAGAACAGAAAAAGCACGCAGAGCACGAGCUGAGGGCGUCGAGAGCUUUCGGGCCGGGUCUGUUGUCGCUUUCGGGGCCCGCCCGCUUUUCGGGCUCGCGCCUUUAGAAAGACAAAAAAAAACGCACAGAACACGACCCAGGGGCGCCACAAGCUCUCGGGUAGGGUCUUCUGUCGCUUUCGGGGUCCGCCCGCUUUUCGGGCUCGCGCCCUUUGAGAAAGACCAAAAAAAAAUCCCGAGACGAAUGCAUGUCCGCGGCUUUGGGUUUUCUUUGUUUCUGGGCGCCGGAAAACCCCCCAGAGGCGAAGUUGCUCGCAGUUUUCCGGACCUCGGAAAAUCCCGGAAAACAAACCCCCCAGACAAAUCGCGCUGGCGGGUUUUCCGGGUUGCGAAAAAUUGCCCCGGCGGGCGGUAUGACUUCAAUUUUCCCCGAGCGCAAAUUCCCCCAGCGACUCGCUGGGCUUUGAGUUUUUUGGUUUUAAUUUCUCCCGCAAUUCCUUACAUGCGUGCCGUACUAGUAGCAAACCACUUAGAAACCUAUCAUGCUCAGCCGUAUUAUGCAGUCUGUGUGUCGUGCGGCUGCGUCACCGCUAAUGCAGCAAUGCAAUUUUCCUCCAGGGGCCAGAACAUAUUCCAAUGCAUACGACCGAGGGGGCUACAACGGGUUCCACCAUGCGGCGCGGAAGGGUUGCUUUGGUGUGUGGAAAAUCCUGGUCGCGAACUACUCCUUUCUAGCGCGCUACCCCUCGAAACAGAACAAGCUGCCCUACUUCUACGCCAAGGAGCGGGGGUUCGACAACCUGUGUCAGUGGCUGGAUAUCAAAUGUAAAAAUGUCUGGGUCUGGAAGGGUUGGAACUUGUGAUGCAAACUCUGGAACACACAAAAACUUGUGUUGCAUGAGCGCCGAAAGCUGUCCACUUCUUGGCACGCAAGUAGGAAGUUUCUCAUGCGGGACAGGCAUCAUGAGGCGUGCUCAAAACCUGUGAUGCUUUCGCCUGCAUCAGACGCCAUUUGCGUGAUCCGAAAUAUGCAUGACAAAUCUCGCAAUCUUCCAGACCCAGACACUUUUGCACUUGAUACUGGAGCAGGCCGUGCAAAAAUUCGGGGCGACCCACGAGCAUAUCAACUGUAAAAGUGUCUGGGUCUGGAAGAAUUCAUGUUUGUCAUGCUUGUCUGGCAUGACUCUUAAAUCUGUCAUGCACGUUACCCAAGAUCUCCGUUUUUCUGUGAUGCAGAAGCGCAGUUUGUCAUGCAGAAUAGGCAACACCUAGGAGCUCAGAAACUUGUCAUGCUGAGCCAGCAUCUGUAGCCUCAUCAUGAGACGCCACCCAGCAUCACAAGUUUGCAGACCCAGACACUUUUACUUUUGAUAGAGCAAUUGCUCGCGCAAUUUGAGCACAACGAGUUUCAGUAUCGGAAGAAAAAGCUACUCGCAGAGAACAAGGCUUUUCACGGCAAGUAUUGCGUCCCAGCGCAUAAUAGACCGGGCGCUCUUCACAUUUCGGGCAGCGGCAGCAGCAGCAGCGGUGGCGGGAUGAAAGACGUCGAGAAAAAUGCACUUAAAGCCACCGCGCCAGUGUCUUCCUCCGGAGGUGGUGGGGACCCCGUGGUUCCCGCCGCGACCUCGGGGGUGAGCUUUUUCGUGGCAGAAACAUCCACGUCCCCGGCAAUCGAUCAGGAUCAGUUCAUGCAGGAAUUCGCGGAGUUGGAUUUCGUUCGCCCGCAAAGCCCCGGGCGUGUGGUGGUCCCCCCAGGAGGUGCGGGUGCGCCGCAGCAGGAAGGGAUGCAGCAAAGGCAGCAGAAAGGAACGAAAAUUGUUCCUGAAUCGACCGAAAAUAAUCAUAACCGGCAGCAGCAACUCGGGGCGGUUGCAAGUAGAAUUACGACACGCGGGGGUCGUGGACCACCACCGGGGCAGCAGCAGCAGCCUGUAGCUGCGGUGGCACCGCCAGUGAGCAGUAGUUCCGGUGGGUUGCAGCAGAAAAAACCGCGGGGACGUGGGCGUCCUGUUGGAUCUGGUGCACGUCAAAAGCAGGCCAAUAAUAUGAACCAAGGCAUAGAACAAGCAGGCACGAUGCCGAUCAUGAACAACCCGCCGAAUGCUCUUGUGCCUAUCAAUUACAUGGGGCCGAAUGCUGGUGUGCCUAUCCAUUACAUGGGGCCGAUCCAGAUGCCGCAGCAUAUCAAAUGUAAAAAUGUCUGGGUCUGGAAACUUGUGAUGCAAAAAGUGGAUGAUAGCCGGACUGCAAUACGCAGCUAUGCAUCACAAAUCUUUUAUUGGCUGCCAUGUCUUAAUACGUAUUCCGCAUGGCAAACUGCGUUUUUGCAUGACAGGUAAGAGGGUCUUUUCGUGCCUAUGCAACACAGAUUCUCGAAUCAUGCCAGACAAGCAUGACAAACUUGCACUCUUCCAGACCCAGACAUUUUUACAUUUGAUACAGCAAGUGCGCCAGCAAUUCCUACCGGCUCAGAUUGUCGCCCCGACGACCGGCGGGCAUACGCCGGCGCAGCAGCUGUAUAA